AUGUUUAGGAUCCUUUUAUCAGCCUUUCUUCUCACUUCAAUAACUUACAUGUCGUAUGUCGAGGCAUGUCCGCGAUGUGGUAAUGUGGAAGUCCCUUACCCUCUCAGCACUAGAGAUGGUUGUGGAGACUCUAGGUAUAAAAUCUAUUGCAACAACGGUGUCCUAGAGUUCAUGUCGGCCGAAGGAUUUUACUAUCGGAUCCUAAGCAUCGACUCAUUUGCUUCCAGGCUCGUCUUAAGCCCACCUUUGAUACAGAGCCAUUCAUGUUCAUCUUCCGACCUCGGGGUAGGAGGCGUUAGACUUGAUGGUGGUUCGCCCUUCAACAUCUCAACCCGUAACACAAUCAUGUUGUUUAACUGCUCCGCCAACAUCCUUUUGUCGCCCCUGAACUGUUCCUCCAAUAGCUUUUGUCGCAAGUUUGAAGCUCUAGAUGUGGAGAGUGGAUGCAAGGACACCCUUUGUUGUCAUUACUUGAAAGAUUCAUCUAUGAAUUCUCACAAGAUUAGGGUUCGAUUUGGAGGGUGCACUGCUUACACAUCGGUGAUCGAUGUGAGGCCCAACGAUCCUGCUGAGGCGUGGAAUUAUGGCAUUGAGCUGCAAUGGGCGGCUCCUCACCUAUGA